AUGCCCCGACCCGCGGGUGCAAGAAAGAAUCAGCACAACAAUCGUCACGAGAAUGGUCUGGUAGGCCCCGGCAAGCGCGUCGUCAAGCAAAGAUCCAGCCAGGGACUCAAUGGCAUCGCCAAGUCAUCCACGCCGACCGAAUCUCUCAUAGACUCGUCUGCUCCUCGACCCUCUGUCCCUACUCCGCCCAUCUCGCCGCAGCCCUUACGAUCCGACGAUCCCGUACGAGCCCACGAGUCCGAGACCGACGGACCUGAUUAUGCCAAAAAGUGGGAGUUCACAAACGGCAAUUCAAUGGCUGCCCACAAAGUCAAACACAAGUUCUCCCACGAUGUCAGCGCUCUGCAGAUUGCCAACACCAUCCUCCGGUCACGCCCCGCCUGCGAUACUAUCUCACUGUUGAUCGUGCUUCUGGCCCUCCCAUCUAUGGUUCUCACCAUGGUCCAAGCCCUGUUCGCCAGUUUGACCCUGAUGCCUGGAGCCGGCCCUCUGUCCAUCGCCUCAGUUAUCGACGUCUUCCAGGGGUCUUUCGGUGCGCCUUCUCUGGCUACAAUGAUCUGGGUUGACACGGCUGUUUUCUUGAUAUGGAUCUGCCUUUGGAAUUGGGCACAGAACUUUGCCCUGGAUCUGGCUCAGAUCCAUAUCGCCAUCACUUUGGGAAACGGCAGUUCGGGAAAAAGCAACAGUGCCAACACCAUAUGCUUUGUGCUGAUGAUGUGUUUGCAUACCGGUCGAUCACGUGGUGUACGGAAAUUUGUGCUAUCCAAUCUAAUACCGACAGGGUUGCUGUCAGAAACUCGGCUGGCUGAAUUGCUGCAUUACCUACCCACCGAUGCAGAUUUUGGCGACACUCCUGGUGCACCUUCAAAGCUAAGAAGUCUGUUUGCGAUUCACAUUCUGAGCCAGGCUCUGAUAUCCUUUAUUCGGCGCCAAGUCACCAAUGCUCAAGCCGGCACAGCAAGCAAAUCGAACAAACGCGUGGAUCCGGAAGCCGCAGCUGGUUCCGCCCAAGCAGAGGCAAACCUCGAUGGAGGUGCUGCCACUGCUUCCGGGACAGACUAUCAGCCUCCACCUCCACCGAUGUUACGAGAUGCCAAGGCGCAGGGCCUGACUGCCAAAAAACGGAGACGACAAGCAAACCAUGUUAGAAGCAGGCAACCUUUUUGGGCUGCACUGGCGAGCACAAAAGUCCAUGUAUUGCGUGAAGUUGAAAAUAAAAAAGGCCUACCUCAUGCCGCGACGAGCCAAGACGGAUAUAACGAACUACCUCAAUCGGAUAAUGUAUGGAUCAGGAACGUGGAUCCCUCGUCUAUCCAUGUCGAAGCUCGGUUCACAGCCCUCUCCUAUGAAGACCAAGAUCCCACCCCUCAGGAAAGCUUGAGACCGCUGUUUGUUCGAAUAAACGGCGCUAAAUGGCAGUCAGUACAAAUCGACGAGAUCAAUGAUGAGAACGCUGUCGGCAACUGGAACGUUGAGAUUAAUGGUCUCGCACCCAAUUGUACGUACACUUGCACUUUCCAUGAUGCCGAGACUGGAGAAGAGUUCGCAUCCGUCAUGGUGAGGACGCCGGUUUUGAUCGACAAGGACUACCCGACCACCAUGGUCUCGACUCCGGUACAGCCUGCCCGCCCUCAGUCGCCCACGACCACCCUCAAGAACUCGAUCGCCAGCGAAGAAGGCAAACUUGCAGAGGCUCGCAGAAGACUGGGACAGCUAAAACGUCAACACAAAGCUGCACUCAACAAGGCCGACCGUGAAGUGGACGCAUUGAAUGCACGACUAAGAUCGGGGGGCGACGACAACAAGCUACGGCAAAAGCUUCUGCAAACUGAACGCCAAAUCCGCCAAACCGAGGACAACACCAGCAACCUUUCGUCGGCACUUGAUACUCUGGAGACUGUGCCGGAAGAUGAGACGCUUGAAUGGAACAACCGCAAGGCCGCUUUUGAGGAGCAGAAGAGGUUUUUGGCUGAAGCCACCGAAGGGUUGGUCAAAGCUAAAGCUGCUGCGGACUCCGAGCUGGCUUGCCACAAUAACGAGCUGACGUCUGCUGUGGCACGCAAGGAUCGCCUUACCAGUCGUGUAACCAAGUUGAACGAGCAACACGAUCGCAUCAUGCAAGCCAAUGCCGAAGGGAUGAACGAGAAAGAAAGAAAGGAGGCUGACAAUGCUGCAAAGCAAGCUGAGCAGCUGCAUCGUGAGAAGGAGCUGCUUGAAAACAUCUCCCGCCUCAAUGCCCAGCUGUAUGAAGCACAAAUCCAGACCAACAACUACUGGCGUGAAAUUGAGAUCAUGGACAAGCAAGACCAGCUCCAGCGCUCCAAGCUGAUGCUCCAAAAUGGUCCACUCACUCCAGAAGGAGAGCUUCCUGGCACUCGAUUCAUGCCUCAAUCCGCCCGGCCCUUCGCGUUCGGCAGCUUCAACACGCUUCCCGUCACAACUGCAGAGGCUCCAGAGUCGCCUUUCUUAGCCUACGCCUCCACCUUGCCUAACGGUGGUCGGCCUCGGUCAGGCACCAAUCAGUCUAUAGGAGGACUUAGCAACUUCUCUGACGAUUUCGAUGAUGCCGACCCGAUUCCGCCACCUCUUCAGGAAAAUGGACGCAAGGGAAGUGGUAGUAGCCGAGGGCAGAACAAUGGUAGUCCCGCUCAUGGUUUCAUGGGAGGUGCGAUGCGCAGUCCAGGCCGUCAUAGUCCAGGGCAUAUCCCAGGUUCAACAACAUGGUAG